AUGGAAGGCCAGAGAUCUUCGGCGGUAUUUGACGUCUUCCUUCGCCUACGACCAAGCGCUUCGGAUAGAGAGCGAUUCCUCGAUGUCGAACACACGAAUGAAGACUGUCCGACGCACAUCACCAUUAAGCCUCCAACCAGCGACACGCGCCGCAAAGCAGUCGAACGAUUCGCAUUCACGAGGGUGUUUGAAGAGAAUGCAGGUCAGAAAGAUGUCUUCGAGGCGACAGGCGCAGUGCAGCUCGUGCAGGGCGUGCUCGGGCAGCCGGGAAAAGAAGGACGCGAUGGUCUUCUGGCGACAUUAGGCGUUACAGGAUCUGGAAAGGUGCGAAUGAAAGAUUGUGACGAGGCAAAAUCAAAACAUGGCUGACAUUGGGUUAGAGUCAUACAAUUCUCGGCUCAAAAACGCAGCGAGGCUUAACACAACUGGCCCUCGAUGUGCUCUUCCAACACACAGAGCCGCAGCUGGUCAGCGAUGGCAUCGAUCACGUCUAUUCGUCACUUUGCGCAGCAGACGUUUCAGACGCGCAGCUCUACUCGGCAGAUUUCUUCUUGGACAGCCUCUACGGCAAUGGCGAUACUACUCGCCUGUCCAGAGCCACCACGCCAGCAUUUGUACGCGAUUCCACGCUUCCUCUCUCUACCUCUACAUCUACUAUCCCCGGCUCAUUUCCCACAUUCAACAUUGAAGAAGAAGGUCACGAGGCAAAGUCACCACCGCAGAGCUCCAAGAACUCUGUCUACGACCGUCUCUACCCCUCGCUGCACAAAAUAUCAACAUCAUGUGCAGUCCCCUCGCACCUCUCAUUUGUGUCAUAGCCACAACCCUCGUUCGCGAUCUUCACACAAGCCCCUUGCACGUAUAUCAAGCUUCAAACACAGCAUGUCCAAGCUUACUCACAAUUUGCAGGAAUCUUCAUUUCUCUCUGCUCAUACGGUACCCCCGAAGCGAGUCGUACCGCGAACCUCAACUUUGCCGGCGUCACCUUCCGUCGACGACAUCGAUAUCGAGAUCGAUGAGGAUGCCGAAUAUGCCAUUGUCAUCAGCAUGUAUGAGGUCUACAACGAUAGAAUCUUCGACCUUCUCACCGCUUCGGUGACGCAGGGAAAGAGUCCAGCCAAGAGAAGACAUCUGCUCUACAAGUACACCGAAGGUAGUCCAUAUCAGAAGGUUGUGACAGGGUUGAGAAAGGUAGUGUGCUCCAGUCUUGAAGAAGCACUAUUGGUGCUGGAGACUGGUCUCCAAGAGCGACGAGUUGCCGGUACUGGUAGCAAUGCUGUCAGUUCGCGAAGCCACGGCUUCUUCUGUGUCGAAGUCAAGAAGCGACUUCGUGGAAGAGGUAUACCUGGUCCAUGGUAUAGCAGUACUAUGACCAUUGUCGACCUAGCAGGUGAGCUUCUACGCUCAAUACUUGACGUCAAUUCUCCACUGACACUUUUUCAGGCUCUGAACGAGCUCGUCAGGCCAAGACCGCUGGAGCAACACUCGCAGAAGCCGGCAAGAUCAACGAAUCCCUCAUGUAUCUCGGCCAAUGCAUGCAAAUUCAAGCCGACAACGCCCGCACCGUCAAUUUCCAGAACGUCCCAUUCCGGCAAUGCAAGCUUACGGAGUUACUGUUUAGCAAUAGCUUCGUACCACAGCACCACCGCAAACCACCUCAGAAAGCCAUCAUGAUCGUCACUGCAGACCCUCUUGGAGAUUUCAACGCCACAAGCCAGAUUCUGAAGUACUCGGCCCUGGCAACGGAAGUCACCGUCCCUCGUGUCCCAAGUGUGACGAGCACCAUCCUUGCCGGAACGGGAGUGAGACAACAUAGCAGGCCUACAACUCCUGCAGCCGUUGUCGAAGAACUGGAAGCAGCUCUGGCGGAAGUCGCGAGACUGAGGGAAGAACUAGAAAUCACCCAGCUACAACUGGAGGAAGAAACUCAGCGACGCGUCGAUGCCGAAGCUUCAUGGUCCGCAGCCGAGAUGAAAAUCGACGAAGUCGAAGCCGAGAUCCGCGAGGAAGUCUGGUCUGAGAUGGAGACCAAACUCGCGCAAGAACAGCGGAGAUGGCGAGCUGCGCGAGACGAAGAAUUGGAUCGUGCAGAUGAGCAUCUGGAUCGGAAGCUGGAAAUCAUGUCCCGUGGGAUCGAGGUGUACGAAGAUCCCGAAGACUAUGGCAACGAGGAAAAGGAGAAUGUCAACGUCGAUGCUAUCAGUAAUGGGCUUGGCAAGCUUAGCUUCAAUGGGAAGGUCAAAGAUUCUGCGAGAGUACAAGAGUUGGAAGAGGAGAAUGCUCAAUUGAGAGAGAGAUUGGCUCUUGCGGAGAGGGAGAAGGGGUUGAGGAGUCCGAGCAAGAAGAUGAGGGUCCUGAAGUCGAGGAAGUGGGAUGGUAGUGGGAUGGGUAUUGAUGGUGAGCUUUGA